AUGGAUAUUGUUGAAGGCGGAGAUACAGAAAAUGAAAAGAAAUAUGAAUAUUUAAAAGAUUUUAAUUAUGAGGACUUUCUGUGCUAUUAUAAAAAAUUGCUUCCUAUUUAUGUGUACUGUCAACUCGUUUUUGCAAACGUGCCAUUGGAUGAGCUGGAACUGGAAUGGUUAGGUGGAAAUUUGAAAUACAUCACAUUAGCAGGAAGUCAAGAUGAAUCAAAAGGAAACCUCGAGCAGUUACUUCUGCUUACCGCAGUGCUUGAAAAUGCAUUGGGCAACGUUUAUUAUACUGUUUCGGAAAAGCGUAAUCCUCCACACUUGUUGAGAGAUUUAUUGGCUACAGCUGAAAUUGCAAAUAUUUUUGGAACAGAUCUGGUAUUAUUCAUGCAAAUCCUAUUGGGCACACCAAAAUCAAUAAAUUUGAGGAACAUUGUUUGGCAUGGUUUCCUUAACUCUAAUGAAGUUCCACCUUACUACAGUAGCGUAUUACUAUUGUUAUUGCACACGCUGGGAUCCAAAUUGGGGAACAUAAAAUUGGAAAUUAUACAACGACCACACAAAGAAGACUACAGUUAUUAUUGGCAUCAAUUUGAUGCAGUGUCAAAUAUACCGUCCGCAUGUCAAAGGGACCUCAUAGCUAAAUGUUGUUACAUUGAUGAUGGGUUUAAAGCUUACUGGCAGCAGAUAUUUAGCUACUAUGAAAAUAAACAAUAUUGGUUGUUCGUAAUGCUAAUUUUGCCACAAAUUGAGUUGCUGCUUAGAAUGGUCUAUCAAAGUGUCAACGGAUAUGAUGUAAGCGCUAAGAUUGAUGAAUACUAUAUAACAAUAGAUACCAUAUUUGAAAUGCAUGUACCAAAUGCAGAAGGAAAUUGUUUAAAAAUAAAUAAAAUAUUUACCACCGAUACUGCCAUCAAUGAAGGUGCUUUGAAAUUAAUGUAUGAUUUAUUUGUGGCACCUAAUGGACCACGUAUUCGUGAUAAAGUCAGCCAUGGUGAAGUUUUGAUGGAUAUGAUAGAUGAUGCUCUAUUAUGUCGUAUUUUGCUAUAUUUAUGCUUUAAUAUUAUAACGAACAAUAAUGUGCAAUAUUCAUUAGAGGCUUAUGAAAGUAAGUUUCACUUAAAUAGUUUAAACCGCAAAUCCAUUAUAAGUGCCAUAGAGCAACUGGAGUGCUUUGCGCAGUCAUGGUUACCUGAUUACACCACUUAUGAGUUUACUGAAUUAAGUUCCAAGUUCACAAGUACCGUCAAAAUUUUUCAACGUCCAAAACUAGAAUCAGAAGCUAUGCUGCUAGUUAUGAAAAUCUCUCAAUUUGUAUCAAAAAUUUGCCUUAACUACACAGACACCCUAAAUGAUCGUACAUCACUUAUGGAACAACGUAAAUUGUCGUCAAGAAGACGUUUAAAUUUGCAGAAAUUAUUGGAGACUGUUCCUAAAAUAUGUUCAACAUUGGUUUCUGUAAUGAAAUGCGUUAAAAAUAUAUAUGAUAUGUUUCAACUGCGAGAUAACAGCAUCUACUGCGAUAAAUUGCUUUGUGACGCAACUAUAAGGUUUCUUAAGCGUUCGCUAAAGGUUUGUGAAAAUCUUGAAGUUUAUGCAGAAAAGCAUAGUGCUGAAUGGAUUAAAAUCCUAGAAAUGUGUGAACAAUUCAGUAUAUAUAAACAAUCCUGUGAUAUAAGAAUACUUCCUGAAGCAAUAAAUUAUUAACGUCAAUUUUUAUUAAUAAUGUCCAGAUGUUUAGAUGUGAAUGUUGCAUAUAUACAACCUAUAUGAAACUACAUAUUUAUGCCGAUAAAUUGUCUGAUAUAGUUAACAAAAUGGAUAUAACUUUAUUUAUAGUUAGUUAUCAAAAAAGAUUAUCACAUUGUAGAUGCGGCAAGAAUCUGAUUACAAUUAUUGUUGUCGUUAAACAUAAAGGGACCUGUUGGUAUUAUUUCGUUUGUGUAGCAAGAAAAAUCAAGGUUUAAAAAUUGUGAUGCAUCCACAAAAAAUAUCAGUUAAUGAUUCCAAAUUUACUGUAUUACAAAGAUUUAUUUUUGACUUAUUAAAAUAAAUAUUACUCAAGAUGUUCUGAUCUCGAACAUCUUGACUCAUAUACACUUAAUAUACAAUAUUUCUGCAACUUUUUUAAUAGGAGUUUUCAACUUGUUAAAUACGAGGUUAAAUACUAAUUUGUGAAAACUAACAGUUGCUAUUUGGUAUUUAAUUUCUUGGCCUAUCUCCCAAAUCAUCAUAUUCCAUAUCUUAUUGAGUGCUCUCUCUUAGUAUAUUCUUUGUAUUGGUUCUUUUGACGGACUGCAUUGCGGCUUGAAAAAUCUUAGAUUAUUUUCACUAGUUUUUAAAUCUGUAUUUGAAAUAAACGAAAAAAAAUUAGUUUUAUUUAAAAUUUCUUUUAGUAGGACAGUAUAACUUGUUGGUAAAUCCCAAUCGUUAAGAAAACUAUAUAUUAAUAUAAAACGUUUUGUAGAUGAUCGUUUGUUCCGAAAUGCAUCUUACAGCAUUAUAGAAUUUGAGUACUUCAGUGACACACAUCACUCAUAUUUUUGCAAACACAAAAAUUAUAGAUUUUUGAGCUGGUGAUAAAUAUGCAGUGUUCAAUAGCAAAAUUAUUUGAAAGAAAGUUAUGAGAGUGAAUAGUGAAUAUUGGCAGAGUUAUUUACGCCUUUCUUUAAAAUGUGGAAUUAGUAUAAACUCUAUUACAUUGAUAUUAAUGUCAUGUGAUGAGGUAUUUUUUGGAAAAGGUUGAAAAAUAAUU